CUCCCAUUACUCUUCAGCUCUUAUCACACUGACCUAGAGAUCCCCAUGCGCCAUCCUUCCAUUACUAGUAUCUCUGAUCAUAAUGUCGAGCUUCCACGAUCUCCAAAUCGCGGUCACCUGUUCGAUUGCCGAUGUUUUCCCGAGAAAACUGUUGAAGAACUGGCUGCUGACCAUCCUAAGGACGUGGCGUAUUACACUUGAGUGCGGAGACUUCAAUCCUAUAUAUACCUGCUGCUCAGGUCUACCCUUUGCUUCUGUUCUGCCAUGCCACGAUUCCUUCAAGUACUGUUACUUCCCCUGCUCUGUUUGAUUGCUCUUUCCACCGCUGCAGGUCCUCGGGUUCCAGAUGGAUUUGUUACCACCCGCGGUCGAAACUUUGUGCUUGACAAUAAGCCAUUUGCAUUUGUUGGAGCCAACUCUUAUUGGCUUCCACUUCUUAUAACAAAUGAGGACGUUGAGGCCACCUUCCAGGAAAUGGAAAAUGCAGGUGUCAAGGUGCUUCGAACAUGGGGAUUCAAUGCUAUUAACGGUUCCGAGCUUGCUGGCGCUUUGGAAUCUGGCCUCACUUAUUAUCAAGUGUGGAAUAGUUCUGAAUGGGUCUUGAACGAUGGGCCACAAGGGUUAGAGCGUUUGGAUAAUGUUAUCAAUGUUGCUGGAAAGCACGGAAUCAAGGUCAUACUGGCUUUUACCAAUAACUGGGUUGGUUAUGGUGGAUCUGAACUUUAUAUUAACUGGAUAGCGGGAGCAUAUCAAACCCACGAUAUUUUCUAUUCAGAUCCCCAUAUCAUUGCCUCCUACCAACGCUACGUCAAAGUUAUCGUGGAAAGAUAUAAGGAUUCCCCCAAUAUCUUUGCCUGGGAACUCAUGAAUGAGGCAAGAUGUCUGGGGGAUCUUCCUGGUGGUCCUAAUUGUGUUCCGACGAGUGGACUUAUCAGCAGUUGGUAUAAGCAACAGGCUGACUUCGUUCGAAGCCUUGAUCCUUUCCAUAUGAUUACCACUGGGGGCGAAGGACAGUUCAACUGGAAGAAACCUAAACAAUACUGGUAUAAUGGAAGCCUCGUUUCCGACUACAACUACAAUGGGCAAGCUGGGGAAAACUUCGACUUCGAUCUAGCGUUGGAUAAUAUUGACUUCGGAACAUAUCACAUGUACCCCCAGUCUUGGUAUCCAGAGCUGGACACGCCUGGAUCCAAUUUUACAAUACAGCAAUGGGGCCUUGGGUGGAUUAGCGAACAUUCAAACGUUGCACGUAAAGUGGGAAAGCCUCUAGUUUUAGAGGAGUUUGGUAUUUCGGGGGUCGACAACAAAACAAACAUCUAUCCCGCUUGGGUUGACCUAGCAUUGGAAACAGGACAUUCAGGUAUUAUGCCUUGGCAGUGGGGUCAGCUGGGUUUAACAGAAGGAAACCGUGUGAUCAAGUACGCCGACGAAAUCCUCGACGGUGCAUCGCCAAACGAUGGAAAUACGAUCUACAAAAACCAAACUGAACUAUGGAACAUCUUCAAGGUCGCGGCAAAGGCACAAAACGACCGAACUUGGAUUAUGGGAUAACUCAAAGUACCUGCAUAUGUCAAGGCUUUUUCUUCCUGGCUGUCACUCAGGCAAUAAUGUUAAACGUCAAUCAUAAACCUUGGACAACGUGACAGUUAAUUAUGUUUGACACAACGCUGAAGAAACUUUGCCCACCUCGACAGAUUGA